AUGAGCAACGGUCAUCUGCCGGCUGGGUCGCCAGCCAUGCCCGGCGGGGGCCACGGCGCCCACGGGGCUCAGCCUGCAUACAACAUGGGAGGAAGCCCCGUCCCGAACGGCGGCCGAGCCCUGUACCCGUCGCAGUAUCCCCAGUCCCGGGGCCGCGGCAGGACACAGCAAUAUUCCCACCCUACUCAGCCUCAGAGCUUCUACACGCAGCAACAGGUCCAGGCCCAGGUCCAGGCCCAGGCCCAGACCGCCCAGUUCUCUCCCCACAUGUACGGCUCGUACCCUCAGCAAGGCUACAAUGGCAUGUAUGCCUACCCGAACCAGCAGCCGUAUGUGGGCUACCACUACAGCCAGAACGGAGUCAUGCCUGGGCCGUACGGCCAUCCGCAACACCAACAACACUACUAUGGCCAGCAGCAUAUGCCCAUGCAAUCAUGGUACCCCGGUGGCUCUAUGCCUCAUUACCAACUGCCUCAGUCUCCCUCGAUCAACACUCCCUACCCGCCGCCACCUCCGAUGGCCCCAGUCCAGUCUCCUGAUGCCGUCCCCAUCCCUCCCGUCGUCCCUCCUCCGCAGCCCACUCCGCCAGCCUUCAAUCCCGCCCCGCAGGCCGCCCCCGUGCCCGCUGCUCCAAUACCCACCGAGACACCCGUGAGCCAGUCGCCGUCGUCCGCACAGCCCGAUAAUGGAGAAGCAGCCUCCGAUCCCUACUACUUCUACCCGCAACCGUCAGAGCAUGCGCUCGCCUCGGCAGAGCCCGAACAAGGAGUGCCCAAGCCCGCUUAUCAAGAAGCACCAUCAAACACCGAUGCCCAGGUCACAUCCCAGCCAACGUCGCCGGUCUAUAGCCCAAUAGAGCCCCAGCCUGGGCGCACAUGGCAUCAAAUCCCCUGGUCUACCCAUCCCCUUAACGACUGGCCCAAGCGGAGCAAACCCAGAAGGAAGAAGAAGGCCUCGCAGGCUCUCACAACGGACAGCCCACAGGUUCCUCAGCCAGAAACCCUCGUGGGUUCGGGGGCAGUGGAAGCCGUGGAGGGCCGGGUUUCAUCCGAAAAGCCAGCGGUUGUCGACGAGCGAGACGACUCGAGCUUGGCGGAGACGAUGUCAUCAGCACUCAACCUAGCCACGGAUCCGUCAACGACCAGCACGCCAGAUCCUACGGCUCAGCGAUCCCCGCUCCAGAAGACGUCGUCUGUCUCGGCAUCCACACAGCCUUCCAAGACCACGACUCGUAGUGCCGUCCCAGCACUGCCGGUCCUUCCCGCCCUGCCUAAGGAUGGCGCCGUCGAUAGAAGCAAACCGGCAGCCGGCCAUGAAGAGACUGACAAACAAGGUGAUAGGCCCAAGAUCCAGAAUGAGACCCCUGAGGAGCCAAAGCCGGAGGAGAAACCCGCUGUGCCGGCUGUUGCAAAGUCCUGGGCUGCCAUAGCCAAGGGACGAUCAGUCUCGAAGCCAGCUGCGGGCCAGCCCGAGCUAAACGGCACAGCGACUGCCGACAACGCUUCAUCCGACAUCAUUGGCACGGCGGCAUCGACCAAGUCUAGCUCUGCUUCACUGGCUGAGGCUCUCAAGUCAUUCGAGGCAGGGAACAGCGGUCCGAUUCAUUUCAUCGAACCAAGUGGCCUGAAAAACACUGGCACGGAUUGCUACAUGAACUCGGUCCUACAACUCCUCCUCUUCUGCACACCAUUCUACAACUUUCUCGAUCAAGUUCGCAAAAAUGUCGUCCAUAGUUUUAAGUCGUCGUCGAAAACACCCUUGAUCGAUGCCAUGAUCGGAUUCAUCUCAGAUUUUCGGUCAAUCAAUGCUGCUGAUACCCCCGACCAAUUGCAAAGAAAGCUGAAACCCGAGGACCACCAUCUUCUGGGCAAGGCUUUCGCGCCGAACGGCGUCUAUAAGGUUGUCAGGGAGCUAGACCGCUUCAACACCGUGAAGCCGGGCUCUCAACAUGACGCUCCCGAGUUCCUCAUGCUACUGCUCAACGGGAUCGAAGAGGAGUGCGAAAGAAUGAUCAGAGACUCUGCGACUUUCGCGUCGAGCUCUGAUCAGGCCCCAUUCGAUCACCAUGAUGCCAACGGCGGCGCCGAUCCAUCGGACGACUGGACUGAGGUGGGACAACGCCAGCGCCUCGCCGUGAGCCAGAGAUCAGGCCCCGCCACGAUCCCGAAUCCCAUCAGCAAGAUCUUCUCCGGUCAACACCGAGAGGUGCUCCGACUCUCGCGCAAGGAGUCCGUCACAUACAAUGCGUAUCAGAAUCUCUCGCUUGCCAUUGAUGACCCAUCCAUCAAGACGGUCAUUGAUGCGCUGAGAUACUUCCAUCGAUCCGAGCCUAUCACGUCGAAGAACUCCCAAGGCAUUGAAGUCAACGGAACGAAGCAGACUCUGAUAGAAACUCUGCCGCCCAUCCUAAUCAUGCAUCUCAAACGCUUCUAUGUAAACGGAGGUGAAGCCGAAAAGACUUGGAAAGUGGUACGCUACCCAUUGGAAUUUGAGGUGCCGCAGGAAAUACUUUCGAGACAGACCCGCAACCGACUGCUGGCUGGGGGUCGCGACCUUCCCAGGUACAAGCUCACUGGCGUAGUCUAUCAUCAUGGUGCGAGUGUCACCAGUGGCCACUACACCGUUGAUGCUCUUCGCCAGGAUGGCCAGGAAUGGCUACGAUUCGACGACACGAUGAUUACUCGCAUCAGUGGUGAUGCUGUUGCAGAGGCAGGGGUCGAGGAAGCCAACCAAAAGGCUGCCGGUGCCACCAAGCACGAGAGGCCCAACGAUUCAAGCAGCAAUCGCUUCGCCGCCAUGGGUGAUGAAGAUAUUGCAGACAACGACGGCGACUGGAAGCAAGUCGGCCCUGGCGCAAAUGGCGCAAAGAAGCACAGCGGUGGCGUCAACGGGAGCUCAUCUGGCACUAGCACACCCAAGAGCAAGCUUAUCCGGGACCACAAGGACCACAACAAGGUUGCGUAUCUGCUGUUCUAUCAAUUAUGGAACUAA